ACGAAGGAGGGCGCAAAUAUAUAAAGCUGUCUGGUUGUAGCGGACAUGUUUUAGUUAUUCAGUGAAGACAUCAGGACAUCUGCAAACACCGAAACCUGAUUUGUGGCCGCCCAAGAUGAAGCUCUUCGCGCUUGCCCUCCUGUUUUUCGUCGGUGCUACUUACAGUUUACCAACAAAGAAAUCUUCAACUUCUCAACAAAGGGGCCAAGUGAACAGACCAGAGGACCACAGACAUGAAUUUGAAAUCACUAAGCUAUGGGAUGGAACUCCCCUUAAAAAAGAAGACACAGUAAAGUUAUCUAUUGAGGGAAUUGACAGAUGGCUAAGACUCGAAGUUGAGGCUCCUUUCUACAAGGAUCCAGCUCCCCCAGGUGGAAAAUACGGAGAAGCAUGUCCUGAACUGUAUAACUAUGAAGUUGUUGAGGCCUUCUUUCUGAAUGACUCAAACCAGUACUUGGAAGUGGAGUUGGCACCACGUGGAGAACAUCUCUUGUUGAUGCUGAACGGACGCAGAAAUGCUGUUGUGCAACAACUUCCAAUGUACAACAUAGCAGAAAUCAAAGAUGGUUUUUGGAGAGGAAUAGCAUAUAUUGACAAUGAAUAUCUACCACGGAAUAUUACCAAAUUUAAUGCUUUUGCAAUCCAUGGAACCAAAGACUCUCGAACCUACAGUGCAUUGUUUCCAGCUUCGAAGGGAGAAUUUGACUUUCCAGAUUUCCAUCGUCUUCAGUUCUUCCAGAAAGUUUCUUUCGAUCACAUGCCACCUUUCAAUAAACCAGCCGAAAGAAAUUCAACGCUGUGGAGCAUGUUUACGCCAAGACAAUAAAAAAGGACAUCUUUCUGCCAGAAGAAUUUUGGGAAAAUAAAGCGAUUCCUUUAUUAACCUAAUUUGCUUAAUCAACGCACGAUUUUUAUUCGUUUCAAAAUUAACAAAUACUGAUGCGAUAUUAUUUUGGCCAAUAGCCGGGUGAUUUCGAAUUUAAUUUAAGAAAUAAAAUAUGAGUAUAUAGCCAUGUAGCACUGGAUAUAGAAUUUAACAAUGGGAUAAGAUCAUUUCUAACCGCCAUUUCUCUGGUUUCUGCCUCUUUUCUCCCUCCUUCUCACUAUCUCUUUCUCUCACUUUCUUUUGCUCUCUCUCUCUCUCUCUCUAUCUAUCUCUCUAUCUAUCCAUCUAUCUAUCUCUGUCUAUAUCUCUUUCUCUCGCUCGCUCAUCCCCUUUGCCAAUAAGACGCAGCCCUAGGAGUCCCAAAACGAUCAUGUAUACAUACACACGAGCAAGCACAUAUAAAUGCAAAACAAGGUGGG